AAAAGAGACCUCACUAACCAGCAGGUUCAACAAAACCCAACUUAGAAUUGCGCCCUUUUUUCUUCCAGAGUCUCAAUACUAGAGAGAAGAGAUGGAAGUGGAGCCACUGGACAUGCACGCCGAACCGGAGACUUAUGGGAAUUGUUUGGCAAGCUGUGUGGACGAAGGUAGCAUGGAGAGUCACAGGUACUACCUGUCACGAAGAACUGUGUUGGAGAUGCUGAAAGAUAGAGGCUAUGCUGUGCCCGACUCUGAAAUCAAUCUCUCUCUUCCCGAGUUUCGCAACAUUCAUGGCCAAAAGCCAGAUAUUGAUCGCCUGAGGAUCUCCACUUCUCACCGAUCGGACCCUUCUAAUAAGGUUCUAGUCCUUUUCUGCGGGCAGGGUGUGGUGAAAGUGAAUGUCAUCCGCGCCAUUGCAACUCAGAUAAUGAACAAAGACAGUUUAAGUCGGCUGAUAUUAAUAGUGCAAAAUCAAAUAACGAGUCAAGCUACGAAAGCCUUGGAUCUUUUUUCUUUUAAAGUUGAAGUAUUCCAAAUUACCGACUUGCUUGUCAACAUUACAAAGCAUGUCUUGAAGCCAAAGCAUCAGGUGCUUUCUGAUAAAGACAAACAAAAGCUCUUAAAGAAGUUCAGUUUGGAAGAGAAACAGCUUCCUCGAAUGUUACAGAAAGAUGCAAUUGCCCGUUAUUAUGGGCUCGAAAAGGGGCAAGUGGUGAAGGUUACUUACACUGGUGAAAUAACCGAGUCACAUGUUACUUAUCGCUGUGUUUGGUGAUCCUUUUGUGACCUUCCUGUUGAACAUGUUAUCCUUUUGGAAGUGGUAAAACUUCUCUAUCAGCUUAUGCAAAAAUGCCUCAUGUCAUGGCAACAGAGAUUGGAUUUGGUAGAAGUUUAUGAUUUUCCAUAUUGUGUUGGCAUUAUGCUUGGGGUAGGGACUUCCCAAUUUAUGUAUCAUUAUGUCGUUUAGCUAAUAUCAUUUUCUCGGGUCUGAAAAAUAGGAUGUGAGAGUUCAAUGAAGUACAAACUGUCUCUUUAUUACUAUUUCUUGUUGAACCCUAGGUUCAAAAUCACCUGGACUUAAUAACUUCUUGAUGCUUCUAUGGUUUAUUGCAUUUUUAG